AUGGCGGCGGCAACACUCCCCGCUUCUCCUCCAACACCAAUCGGGGCUAAGGACAAUGACUACUCAGAAAAUGCUAACACCAUUGCAAAAUGGGUUUUGAGCCAUCCUGAGGGAGAGCGCCUUCAAGUCGCUCAACAAACCUACCAAACCCUCCUCACUUCCGCAACCCAGUCUCGCCAAUUUCACGGCAACGGCCAUGCCUGCGUCAAACUCUGCAGCUUCGUCCAACUUUGUGGCAAGUCCUCCGACCAAACUGUCCGCCGCUGGGCCUUUAGCGAGGCUGUUGCCAUCGAGCUUUUCGCGUUCUACCUCGAGUGGUACGAGGCUGAUGCCCAUCGCGCGCUGAAGCAGACUCUUGAUGUCCUGGCGGACUGCAUCAAGGGAAAUCCUGACCCCGAGACAGGACGAAAGAUCAAGGAGCAUGUGCUUUGUACACUGGUCGCAAUUGUGGCAAAGAAGUCGGCGAGGAUGUUGACCAAGUCAGGAUUGCAGUGUUUGGAUCAGUUCUUGAAUAAGAAGGUUGUUGGGUUGAAAGAAGUGUAUGAGAAGUUCAGGGAGGUCGAUCCGGCUGUGGAGGGACUGUCAAGCCUGGAAGUGUGGAGGGCGUGGGCGUUCCAUCUAUUUUCGUGGAUGGAGCUCACAUAUGUAUGCCCCCUAGCAGGCAAGUGCCUUGUGCAUGUGUUCAAGGAGCUUUACAAGGCUUCCAAGGAUGCUGAUGCUCCAGCCGAGCUGAAGGGCUUUACUUUGGAGGUAUGGCAGGAGUGGUUGCGUGAUGCGAUGGUACAACGGCCGGAGGUGCUCGAAGAUAUCAAGGUGUAUGUGCUGACGCCCAUCUUCAAAUCUGGCCAUGAGGAGUCAUUGAAACUCCUUGAGGUAUUUAACACCAACUCAACCCUGAGCUCCAUUGACCAGGAGGUGUCAGACCAGGGUCUCCUCCUCCAGCUGGCAGCCCUCGAAGUGGGUAAGAAACACGGGCUCGUUGAGGAACCAAGCGACGCCCUCUUCCCCUCCGAACCACCCUCAAAAACCUUCCUCCUUCCAGCUUCGACUCUCAACGCCCUCCUCUCACACCCCUCCAUCCCAGUCCGUUCUUCUGCCUUCGCCCUGCUGGUUUCCUCCCAAGCAACCACCAAACCUUUCUCCCCGGCAGCCAUCUCUCUCCUCCGAAAACAUCUCGCCCCCUUCCACGCCGACUACGACGCCAAGGUCCGCAAUGAAGUCCUUGGUCUCACAAAAAACCUAGUCAAGCGGCUGAAGAAUAUCAUCACUGUUGCUCAGAGGAGCCUUGCCUCUCCGCGGCUGACGGGGACUACCAUGGCAAAGAAGUUUGGUCCCGAGGUAGCACUGAAAGACUCACGUGAUGCGAAGGAGGUGCUGGAUAGGCACGAGGAGUUUUUGCGCUGGUAUUUGGAAUUCCUGAAAGGGGAGUUACUGCCUACGGCGUCGUAUCAGAGGCAUAUCACUGGAGUCAGGGCGACAUUGUUGCUGCUGCGUGUGGGGAAACAUGCUGGAGCAACGGAUGACACGAUUGAUCCGGAUAUUGCGAAGGCCAUUUGUGAGGAUCAGACGUGGAUUCGCGUGUUAAUGGAUUUGUUUUGGGAUCCAUUUGAUGAUGUUCGAGAGGGAACGGCCGCAAUCUUGGGGCUGUUGUCGCCCGGUGAAUAUGGUGUUGCCAAGGGGCUGGAUAUGCGUGGCUUGCUACGUGAGGUGGUUAGUCGGGCGAGGGAGCUGGCUGAUCGGACUGGGCGCGCUGAUCACGGCGAUGGUGCUGCCAGAUCCCAGGGGCUCUUGUGCAGCUGGCUGGGGACCAAAGAAGAAAGAAUUGCCCAGUUAAAGGGCAUGCUCGACAUAAUUGAGCAAAAGGUCGACAAAGCUGAAAACGAUCUCGGACAUGCUGCCAUCGAAAGCCCAGUCCACGCCGACUUUGCUGCAGUCAGCUACGUCUGGCAAGUCCUCUCGAAGGAAACUUACAACGACGCCCAGCUCGAAACUCUCCGCCAGCAACAGCUCCGUAUCCUCAGCUACGCUCAGCGCAUCUGGCGUACGGUCAAGCACGUCCUGUGCGAUGACUCGCCUGAGGGCCAUCUACCCGAAGAGAUGGAAGACAUCGAGGGGCUAGAUACAAAGGACUUGUUGAGCUUCAGCUUCCGUGCUGUGCAUGAGUCCAGUAACCUUCUUCGUCUUCUGAUUGGCACUUUGAGACUCCCUAACAAGCCCGGCGUGCCUUUCCCGCCAUUAGAAGUAUUCCGCGAGACCGGCUUCCUGGCGUUUGAGCAGCUGGCCAGCCUGAGGCAUCGCGGUGCCUUCUCGACGGUGUCAUACACCUUCACUACGUGUUGCCAGCUGACGCAGAAUCUGAAGAGUGUUUUCCCCAAGUCGGAUGAUCUGCUCUGGCAGUGGUACCAGGGCGCUCUAACCUGUAUCAAGACCCAAGCCUCGACUACCCGCCGGUCGGCCGGUAUCCCCUCCCUUAUUGGCGGUAUCUUGGCAGCAAACUCUUCGUCACCUUCUUUUGACGAGGUGUUUAGCACGCUGGAGGACAUUGCCCGCAAGCCUGUGCGCAUAGUCGAGACCGACGGGUCCAACUUGCCACAGGUGCACGCGCUGAACUCGUUGCGCGAUAUCUUCAGAUCGUCGCUGCUCAGCAAGCGGGCUGAGGCGUAUCUGGCCAGGACAUUACAUUUAGCGGCGACGAGUUUGAAGUCUGAGGUUUGGGCCAUCCGCAAUUGUGGCCUACUUCUUCUUCGCAGUUUGAUCGACUGUCUGCUGGGCACCGGCGAAAGCAAGGCCACCAUUGAGUCUGGCUGGGAUGGCACUUCUGUCCGCAUCUCUUACACCAAGUACCAGACCCUUCCGGGCGUCAUGCUCAACCUUCUUCGCUCGGCCGAUACCAGCCUGGAUUCUCAGUCCUCAUCGUCCUCCGGUGCAGCUGAGGCCGUCUUCCCCGUUCUAGACAUCAUCCGUCGUGCCGGGCCCCCAGAAGAUCUUCACGAUGAAUUGAAGCGCUGUGUGGAAGGGUAUCUUGGCAGCAAGCUGUGGCAUGUUCGUGAGAUUGCGGCAAGGACGCUAUGUUCAUUUAUGCUACAGGGUGACUGGGUUGGGGAGAUUGAGCGGUUGUUUGGAGAGGCGAAGAGUAACACGAAUCGGUUGCAUGGAAUACUCCUCACCGCAAGGUUUGUUAUUGAGAGAAAAAAGGAUGUGGGCGUGGAGUUGAAGAAUGACUCGAAUUCCAUAACCCGCUUCUUAACCCUCCUCAACACCUACGCCCCCUUGUUCCCCCCUUCGCCUGACUUGUACUCCGCCCAUCUCGAAAUCCUCAAUCUUCUCGCACGUCUAGGCUUCCUGUACCUCGCUCCUCCGUCCAAAUUCCGCUCAUCCUCAGCCGGGGAGUCAGCCCUCCUUCAGACCCAAGCAGCCCUGCACGCCCUCCACACAUCCGCCUCUUCCAACGACCUGUCUUUCCUCCGCAAGAUGCUGCUGGAAACUCUUCUCCCUGGUAAUGUUAAUACCGCUGCACGGGUUCUUGACGCCAUCCCUGAGGUCUGGCCUACCGACAAAGAAGGUGUAAGAGCAGCGCUAUGCGAGCUGCACCUCGACAUCUGUGAGCUCUGUCCCCAGGCGCCCGAGAUCCGAGCUCUGGCUGUGAAGAAUCUGGCCCAGAUCAUGGGUAAGAUGGUUCAGAAGGACGAGUUGGCAGCUGUGCCAAGCACAGAGAAGCUGGAUCGUCUUUGGAAAAGGUUGGCUGCAGAGGAGCUGAACCCUGCACUGUGGGGAGCGUUCGUUGAAGCCAGUGGCACAAUUAUGGCCAUUGUGCUGCUGAAGGGGGAGAUUGGACAAGAUGACUUCGGCAGAAGGGUGAGAUCAUGGGGAGACAUGCUCGGAGGAGAAUUGGAUAUGCGCGAUCCGCCCCCCUUCGACACGCGCUUCGCGGUUUCCCAGGCUCUGCGCUCUUUCUUUACGCUUACUUCAUCCACAUUUGCCCAGAGCGUUCCUCCCAAAUCUUAUCUGCCACUCUUCUCAACGCUUUACACAGCCCUCAUCGACGACGAUGAUGACGUCCGCUGCGAAGCAGCUGCCGCCACCUCAGCAUUACUUAACAUCCCUACCGGCAUGAGCGCUCCCGUCGCAGCUGAUGCUCUUACUGCUUGGCUGGCCUGCAAAUACUCUGACUCUAGGCCCAUUGCCACCGAGGAGGAUGACAGUCUCCUAAGAAGGGCCAUCUACCGCCUAACCGGCGCACAAAACACUCCGGCUGACUGGGUGAUGGUCCCAGCUGGCGAACAGCUGCGUGCAGCACUCAACUUCGACGACUCCCUUUUUGCGGCCGAAGAGCAGAACCUGUUUGUUGACGAGGUUCGCGAGGCUAGGCGCUGGUGUGCAGUCUUGUCACAGCUCUUUGGUAGCACGGCGGGGGCCAUGACCAGGAUAGGCCACGGCUAUGUAAGCUGGCUCAUUGCAGGUCUGGAAUCGCUCCUCGAUACAAUAUGCUCCUAUGAGAAUGGGGGUGAUGGGCCAAUGGGGUGGACGGCAGAUCAGCAUGUGUUUGCGGUGUGUGCUAGGGUUGUAUUGGGGGCUGUUACGGUCGUAAAGGUGUAUGAUGGGUUUGAAGGUGGUGAUGAGAAGGAAACAGAGGACGUAAGGAAAGUAAGAGAACUGCUUGAGGAGUUUGUGAGGGUUGGUAAGAAGGGUAGGGUGCAUGGCGCUUUGCUGGAGAUGGCAAGGGUGUAG